CUGAGAAGGGUCACUCCCUUGCUGCCAUUGAAAGAGUCCACUUCUCAGUGACUUCUAGCUGGGAACUGAAUGCAUUAAAGGGUAGCUGAAUCAAUAUGAUUCUUCUCGCUGUGCUUUUUCUCUGCUUCAUUUCCUCAUAUUCAGCUUCUGUUAAAGGUCACACAACUGGUCUCUCAUUAAAUAAUGACCGACUGUACAAACUCACAUACUCCACUGAAGUUUUUCUUGAUCGGGGCAAAGGAAACCUCCAAGACAGUGUGGGCUACCGAAUUUCAUCCAAUGUGGAUGUUGCCUUACUGUGGAGGAGUCCUGAUGGUGAUGAUAACCAACUGAUCCAAAUUACGAUGAAAGAUGUAAACGUUGAAAAUGUGAAUCAACAGAGAGGAGAGAAGAGCAUUUUCAAAGGAAAAAAGUUAUCUCAAAUCAUAAGAAAGGAAAACUUGGAAGCAAUGCAAAGACCUGUGCUCCUUCAUCUAAUUCAUGGAAAGAUCAAAGAGUUCUACUCAUAUCAGAAUGAACCAGCAGCCAUAGAAAAUCUCAAGAGAGGCCUGGCUAGCCUAUUUCAGAUGCAGUUAAGCUCUGGAACUACCAAUGAGGUAGACAUCUCUGGAGAUUGUAAAGUGACCUACCAGGCUCAUCAAGACAAAGUGACCAAAAUUAAGGCUUUGGAUUCAUGCAAAAUAGAGAGGGCUGGAUUUACGACCCCACAUCAGGUCUUGGGUGUCACUUCGAAAGCCACAUCUGUCACUACCUAUAAGAUAGAAGACAGCUUUGUUGUAGCUGUGUUCUCAGAAGAGAUACGUGCUUUGAGGCUGAAUUUUCUACAAUCAAUAGCAGGCAAAAUAGUAUCGAGGCAGAAACUGGAGCUGAAAACCACGGAAGCAAGCCUGAGACUGAAGCCGGGAAAGCAGGUUGCAGCCAUCAUUAAAGCAGUCGAUUCAAAGUACACGGCCAUUCCCAUUGUGGGCCAGGUCUUCCAGAGCAAGUGCAAAGGAUGCCCUUCUCUCUCAGAGCACUGGCAGUCCAUCAGAAAACACCUGCAGCCUGACAACCUCUCCAAGGCUGAGGCUGUCCGAAGCUUCCUGGCCUUCAUCAAGCACCUCAGGACGGCAAAGAAAGAAGAGAUCCUCCAAAUUCUAAAGGCAGAAAACAAGGAAGUACUACCCCAGCUAGUGGAUGCUGUCACCUCUGCUCAGACACCAGACUCAUUAGAUGCCAUUUUGGACUUUCUGGAUUUCAAAAGCGCCGAGAGCGUUAUCCUCCAGGAAAGGUUUCUCUAUGCCUGUGCAUUUGCCUCACAUCCUGAUGAAGAACUCCUGAGAGCCCUCAUUAGAAAGUUCAAAGGUUCUUUUGGAAGCAAUGACAUCAGAGAAUCUGUUAUGAUCAUCAUCGGGGCCCUUGUCAGGAAGUUGUGUCAGAACCAAGGCUGCAAACUGAAAGGAGUGAUAGAAGCCAAAAAGUUAAUCUUGGGAGGACUUGAAAAAGCAGAGAAAAAAGAGGACAUCAUGAUGUACCUGCUGGCUCUGAAGAACGCCCGGCUUCCAGAAGGCAUCCCGCUCCUUCUGAAGUACACAGAGACGGGAGAAGGGCCCAUCAGCCACCUCGCCGCCACCACACUCCAGAGAUACGAUGUCCCUUUCAUAACUGAUGAGGUAAAGAAGACUAUGAACAGGAUAUACCACCAGAAUCGUAAAAUACAUGAAAAAACUGUGCGUACAACUGCAGCUGCCAUCAUUUUAAAAAACAAUCCAUCCUACAUGGAAGUAAAAAACAUCCUGCUCUCUAUUGGGGAACUUCCCAAAGAAAUGAAUAAGUACAUGCUCUCCAUUGUCCAAGACAUCCUACGUUUUGAAACGCCUGCAAGCAAAAUGGUCCGUCAAGUUCUGAAGGAAAUGGUCGCUCAUAAUUACGAUCGUUUCUCCAAGAGUGGGUCCUCCUCUGCAUAUACUGGCUACGUAGAACGGACUUCCCAUUUGGCAUCUACUUACAGCCUUGACAUUCUUUACUCUGGUUCUGGCAUUCUAAGGAGAAGUAACCUGAACAUCUUUCAGUAUAUUGAGAAAACUCCUCUUCAUGGUAUCCAGGUGGUCAUUGAAGCCCAAGGACUGGAGGCAUUAAUUGCAGCCACUCCUGAUGAGGGGGAAGAGAACCUUGACUCCUAUGCUGGCUUGUCAGCUCUCCUCUUUGAUGUUCAGCUCAGACCUGUCACUUUUUUCAACGGAUACAGUGAUUUGAUGUCCAAAAUGCUGUCAGCAUCUAGUGACCCGAUGAGUGUGGUGAAAGGACUUCUUCUGCUAAUAGAUCAUUCCCAGGAGCUUCAGCUGCAAUCUGGACUUAAGGCCAAUAUGGAUGUUCAAGGUGGUCUAGCUAUUGAUAUUACAGGUGCCAUGGAGUUUAGUCUAUGGUAUCGUGAGUCUAAAACCCGAGUGAAAAAUCGGGUAAGUGUGUUAAUAACUGGUGACAUCAUGGUGGACUCCUCUUUUGUGAAAGCUGGCUUGGAAAUUGGUGCAGAAACAGAAGCAGGCUUGGAGUUUAUCUCCACGGUGCAGUUUUCUCAGUACCCAUUUUUAGUUUGUCUGCAGAUGGACAAGGAAGAUGUUCCAUACAGGCAAUUUGAGACAAAAUAUGAAAGGCUGUCCACAGGCAGAGGUUACGUUUCUCGGAAGAGAAAAGAAAGCCUAAUAGGAGGAUGUGAAUUCCCGCUGCACCAAGAGAACUCUGACAUGUGCAAGGUGGUGUUUGCUCCUCAACCAGAGAGCAGUUCCAGUGGUUGGUUUUGAAACUGAUGGGGGCUGUUUCAUUAGACUUCAUCUCACCGGAAGGGAUACGACGUGACAUGCCUAAGUAUUGCUCUCUGAGAGCACAGUGUUUACAUAUUUACUUGUAUUUAAGAGUUUUGUAGAACAUGAUGAAAAACCUCACAUAAUUAAGUUUGGACCUGAAUCAUUUGAUACCACCUACAGAGUCAUUCUGAGCCACUCUAUGUGAUACUUUAGUAGCAUUCUGUUUUCCUGCAUCUCUCUCAAAUCACAUUUACUACUGUGAAACUAGUUCUGCCCUAAGAAGAAACCAUAGUUUAAAAAAAAAAGACCUACACACACU